ACGAUCAAGGCGAUAUGCCCUACGGCUUUUGAACAUGCAGUAAACGACGAAGGCGAUCGCUAUGUAACAACAUAAUCAUUUCGAUUCACCAAAGCAUGUAAACGUGGGUAAAUCGUGAAUAGCUUAACCCCUGUGAUGACUGUAGCGCUAUCUAAAUUCAGAACUCACGUCUGGUUCUCUCUCGAAGCAACUAUGGUUCGUAGAAACAACUAUGCCCAAAAAUUGGCGUGAGGGUCAGCGUCUCAGUGGGCAUAUCUGCUAAAAGACAUUUGGAAGUUGUAUGAUAUAAUGAAUGGGAUUAAGUUGUGAACUUCAUAUUAAUUGUGAAGACGCAUUCACAUCACACUUUAACAAGGUAUAGACAUCUCAGGAUGUAGCAUCAUGUGAAGUGACCCUUAUAGUUUGUAAGGUUGUUGCUGGAUGUAUGGUGAUCCCGGUAGCAGGAGUCAUGGCCCGCAGAAGGAAGGGGGCUGGAAGCAGCAAGGCAGCAUCUAAGUCACAAGCCAAGGCUUCUAGGAAGAGCAAUGGUCUGUCAGAGGAAAGGCUCAAUGGAUCCCUGUUGCCUUCAAGCACAAAUGAGUCAGAAGAGUCUUGUGUAAGCCAAGAUGAUAAUCUGACUCCUUUGUCAUGUCACACCCCCAUUGAAAUGUGCCCUACAGAUCCAAGUCUUGGUGAGCCACCCCCAUUAACUGUUUUUAAAAUAAAUGCAUCACCUCAACAUGUUCCAUUGGUGCACAAAAAAUUCAGAAAGUUCAGACACAUGCUUGAGCCUGGAGAUAUCCAGGAACCACAAAAUUGUGUUGCAGCAUUGGAGAAGGUGGCUACUCAUGAGACUGAGACAGAGACACCACAGGUGCUUGAGAGUCAUGGAGAGGUUAGUGUGGAAGAAGUGGUGAUAGAACAACAGGCGAUGGAUAUGGCUGAAGCGCAAGAAGUACCUGUAGUGUGGGAAGAAGAAGUUGUGGAAGAGACUGUUGUGUGUGAAGGGAUGGAAGUAGAAUUGGAAGACACAAGAAGUCAAGAUAACCUGAUGGUUGAGGAAGCGGAUAGUCAAGAGAGUGAUUACAGUAACAUGAUUGAAGUGAGGAAUAGUGAAUUCAGUAGUCAAGCUGGACAUGUGAUACUUGUAAGAGAAGGUGACUAUAGCAGUCGGUACAACCAGGAGUUGAUGGAUGUGGGAGAUGUGUUAUCUCAUCAUAGGUUAGUGGAGUUUAGCAGUACACAGGACACUGAAAAGAAUAUGAGUCACCAAAUACAAGAGAUGCUAAUAUUUGGCAAUGAAGAUAGUCAAGGAACGCUAAGGGGAGUUGAAGACUGCAGCCAGGGUAGUCAGGUGUCAGUAAGAGGUGUGGAGAUGGACAUGCAGAAUGACAGAAGGGUGUUGAAGCCUGUUGAUUCUGAGAAUGUUGUGGAUAUUAUAAAAUGUGUGAAAGCAGAUCAACAAACAGUGAUCUUACAAGUACCAAACAGACAAAUAACAAAUAUUAAAGAAGAGAGUGACACUGGGAAUUGUGAAAAUGUAGGAAGUGUUGCAUUUAUAGAAGAAAAUAGUCAAGAAAAUAAGCAAGUAUUCAGAGAUAUUCAAAUCAGUAUGAAUCAAAAUAUAGUUAAAAUAUUGAAAGACAAUAAGUGUUACAUUGGAAAUAAUGACAUUAAUUUAGUGGAUGUAAGAAUGAAAACAGAAUAUGAGACUGAAAUAGGAUUGGGUUUGAAUGAACUGAAUGAAUUAGAAACGGAUCAGAUACGUUUGGAUUUAGGUGUUGAAUUCAAUAAAGACAGUAAAGUAAUUGCUGAAAGAAACGAUUUACAUAAAUCUCAAAGUGAAGUCAAAUUAGAAUCAGUAGUUGAGACCUCAGAAGUAAACAGAAAGGUUCAAGCAGAAGAGAAUAGUCUUCUGCACAUGCGAGAAGUUUCAGAGGAUCAGCACUUGGCUCUUAGAUGUAAUGAAGAUGAAACAGAAAGAAAGCAGGUGCCAGCAUUUCGCAGUCGAAGUGGAAGCACAGAUACAACAGGUUCAGAAAGUAGUUCUAACUGCAGUUCUGGAGUCCGACGUAGCAGUCGAAUACGCUCAAUUGGCAUAAUGAAACAGAGGGCGCAGAACAGAAGUGACACUAUAGAAACAUCAGCGACAUUAUAUGAGAAGGAAGGCAGUGAAGCUAAAACAUAUGAAGGAAGGGACAGUUUGGAUUGUUGUUCUGGUACUGAUACACAGUCUGACAAAGAAAACGCUGGUGUCACAAAAAUUCCUGUACCAAUAAGCUCACCAGCUACAAUGCAUGGUUUGGUAACUCCAACCAUUUCAGGAUAUGAUGUUGACAGUUGUAAACCAGUGAAAGUGAAGUCUCGGUGGAGGAGAUCUAGUGAAUUGGAGAUGGUAAGCAAUCGAAGUAGUGACAGUGAGUUUGCUGCCACACCACCAACGCCUAGUCUCUCACCCAGACCCAUGAUCCCAGUUGCACCAAGUUUAUCACCUCAGCCUGCAGCUUCUGCUAUUCCAAAUCUCGCAGUUCAGUCUCUCAUUGCUAGCAUAGCAGUCGCACCUUUGGAGCAAGCAAUUUCAGGUGAUGCAGCCAGGAAGGACAACCGUAGCGAUAGGAAAGAGAGGGAGGAUAAGGAGAUGGAAGAGCGACUCCGCAAUUUUGACAGACUGAUUGAAAAUGAAUAUCUAACCGAGAGAACUACAAGCAAAGAAGCAAAGCGCAUGGUUUGUGAUUGUUUCCUAACCAAAGAUGAAAUUGCUCGUGGAGAAAUGGGUUGUGGUGAAGAUUGCCUCAAUCGUCUGCUUAUGAUUGAAUGUGGUUCAAGGUGUCCAGUUGGUGAACGGUGUACUAACAGGCGAUUUCAGAAACAAGACUAUGCAAAAUGUGAGAUUUUCAAGACUGAGAAGAAAGGUUUUGGUUUGAAAGCUCUUCAGGAAUUACCCAUGGGAACAUUUGUAAUGGAGUAUGUUGGAGAAGUGCUGGAUCCAAAGGAAUUCCGUCGUCGCGCAAAAGACUAUGCCAAGGACAAAAACCGUCAUUACUAUUUCAUGGCUCUUAAGUCAGAUGCAAUAAUUGAUGCCACAAUGAAGGGGAAUAUUUCAAGGUUUAUCAACCACAGCUGUGAACCUAAUGCAGAAACUCAGAAGUGGACAGUCAAUGGAGAAUUACGAAUUGGUUUCUUCAGUAAAAGGAAUAUUGCUGUUGGUGAAGAAAUUACUUUUGACUACCAGUUUCAGCGAUAUGGAAAAGAAGCCCAGCGUUGCCAUUGUGAGAGUGCAUUAUGUCGUGGUUGGAUUGGGGAAGAUCCAGAAAAGGAGAAGCGUGAUCGAAAAGAAAGAAAAGAAAAAGAAAUUAAAAAGAAGAGAGAAGAAAGGAGACGAGAUGUUAAAGAAUUUUUGGAAGAUAUGGAUCUCGAGGAGGAGAUAGAGAAGCUGUGUGUGUCAGGGUUGAAGAAUCGUGCCCACACACUUACUCUCUGUCGCUUAAUGGUUCGGGCAGAAGAUCUUCAGUCUCGUGCUCAGCUGCUCAAGUUGCUUCAGGGUGGUGAACCGGCAUGUCGACGUUUGUUCCUUGAUUACCAUGGGUUACGCCUCAUUUGGAGUUGGAUGAUGGAUGUUGGCUCAAACAAGUCUAAUGAUGGACUUGCUUUGAGAAUAGAGAUUCUUCAAACAUUAUCAAAGUUGCCAAUUCCCAACAAGACAGUGCUGCAAGACAGCAAAGUAAUAGCUGUGGUUGAAAAGUGGGCUUCGCUGUCGGCAAAUGUACCAGCUCCAGACAGUUUCCUGGCUGAUGGAUCAAGUGAUGGUAUUGAUGGUCAGAAUAUGUCUCACCAAGAAGUGGCAAGGAAAGAGAGAUCAUCAUUAGAAGAGGAAUCUGGCAGCGAUCAUGAUGUCAGCAAACCUAGGACUGAUGUAGUGCUACCAGUUAUAGUGGAAGUUCCAGAUGAAGAAACACUGCAAGGAAUUGAAAAUGAGAAACAACUUGUGGAUGGUACAUCAGACAAACAAACAGAACUGCUUCCAGGAGAUGUUAUGGGACAGGUAGUGAUCCGUGGUGGUGAGUCAGAUGAGGAAGCAAGCAGUGAGGUGGUGGAUAAGAUACGUGGUAGUGAGGACAGUAAAGAGGAAGAUCGAACUAGUAUGGGUGAGAGUGAAGUUGCAGAAAAGAUCAGGACGUUUUUAGACUUGUCAUCAAAUCUGCUUAAUGAGUGGACUAGUCUCAAAGAGGUGUUCCGCAUCCCAAAGAAGGAGAGGAUUGAGCAGAUGAAGGAGCAUGAGCGGGAAGCUGACAGAGGCUAUAAAGAAUACUUAGACAAAGAGAGCCACCAUGAGAAACAGUCCUAUGACAGACAUUGGCGUCAGGAUCGUUUUCGUAGUGAUCAUGACAAACGAGAUCGUGAUCGCAAAAGGAUGCGAGAAUCACCUGAUGCAGAUCGAAUUCGAAAGGGCUCAAGAUUUGAUGAUAGGAACCUUGUGCCAAUUCCUAGGCUAUCAAAACAGGAAAGGCGACAGUUAUUUGCUAUGAAAGUAGCACAAGAAGAAGAGGAAGAAAGGCAGCGCCGGCAGCAACAAGAGAUGUGGCGCCACCAUGAAGAUCGCUGUUUGGCACUGGGACUUGAUCCAAACUUAACAGCAGCCUUUGAUCCGCAGACUGGCUACCCUUGCUUCUUCGAUCCAGCUUCUGGUACCUGGCAGGCCUAUCCCCAGCAAGACCCCAGUCCAUUACCACCUGGUGGAAUGACUGCAGAGGUGGGUCCUUCACCUAUGUUUAAUCCAAACAAUCCUGUGAGUCCUCAUUUACCAGGUAUGCCUCCCCAAGGAGUCCCUCCUCAUAUGAUGCCAGUGGGUGGAUAUGAUCCUAAUAACUCCCAUGUUCCUCAUCAGCCACUGCCUUUUGAUCCUGGGAACCAUCCAGUGGGUGGCAUUUCUGCACACCAACAUCAUCCAACAUACACUGAUCCUGGCCCCGGUGCUGUGGACCCCAACUUGACGGAGUUUAUUCCUCUGCCAAGUGGUCCACAGCCACCACCCAUGUUUCAGCAUCAGCAACACCAGCAUUUGUAUACCACUGCCCCAGCACCUGGUCCAGGUUCAGCACCAACACACCCAGUACCAAGCAUGCCCAUAGAUCCUCAGCCCCACUACCAUCAUCAGAUUCAUCCUGUGUCGCUUCCCAUCCAACAGCCUUUUGUGUCUGGUCCACCUCCUCCACUGCCUCCCCCAGUUCAACUGCCACCUAAAUGGAAAUCUGCCAAGGAUUCUGAGGGUCGUACAUAUUACUAUCACGUGAAGACUCGGAUAUCGCAGUGGGAACCCCCACAGUGGACAGAAGCAGAUCAGCAACCAGAUUCUGAGACUUCAUCUGAGUCCAGUGAUGAUGAUGAAGAUGAAGAGGAGGAAGAUGAAAGCUCCAGUACAGAAGAGGAGGAGGAGGAAGGGGAACAAGAAGAAAAGGUGCUGUUGAUAGAAGAGGAUGAAGAAGAUGAAGAUGAGGAUGAAGUGGCUGAGGAAAAAGAGGAUAUUGAGGAGGAGGAAAUGAAAGAUGUUGCAACUGCAAGUGCAGUCCCUACAGUGGUUGAAGAGGAGAUGGACUUGGUUCAGGAAGAGACUGAUGCAACUGAAGUCCAGCAAGACGAGCCUAAGAGAAAGGAGAAACGGAGAGACGGCUUGGUUCAAGAACGUAUAAUUAGUCCACGAAGAGAAGAAGAUAAACAGGAUAUGAAGAAGUACCGAGAAAUAAAAGAGAAGCUUCGUCGAAAGAAGGAACAGUCACGAACUCGUGAACGAUCUGACAGAUCAAAGAAGAGACAUCGAGAUGGCAAACAGCGAUCUAGCAGUAAAUCAUCAGAAAAACCUGUCACUGUAGCAGCAGAUACAUCAAGUGACGCUGCUAGAAAAAUCAAGGAUCAGUUCCGUCUACACAUGGCAGGGGUAAUUGUUCAGUACCUGAACCCAUACCGAAAACCAGAUUGUAAAGCGGGGCGUAUCACAAAUACAGAGGACUUCAAACACCUUGCUAGGAAGCUGACUCAUUUUGUGAUGCUAAAGGAGCUGAAACACUGCCGGAGUGUUGAAGAUCUUGAAUGUAAUGAUAAUGUGAAACAUAAAGCACGUGACUUUAUCAAGAAAUAUAUGGCAAAAUUUGGAACUGUUUAUCAGAGACCUAAAGAUGAUGAUUAAGUUUUAGGUAACAGGUACUUCAUAUGAAGAACAUGUUGGAAUUGAGAGAACAUUGCUAAUUCAGAUAUUCUGAGAUGAAAACUGGUAGCUGUGUAAUACAGUUUCUAAUCAUGGGUGCAUUUAUUAAUGGUGGUGACGAUUGUGGAUCGUAAAUUAUGAAAUUUGAGUAGAUUCAAAUCAGAGAAACAUGUAUGUUUAAUUAGUAUCUCUCAUAUCAUAGCAUCUUCACCAGUUCAUAGCCAUGGUUCUUGCAUUCAUGAAGAUGAGGUCGAUUCCUUGUUUGCUUGACAGACUUUCCAACUUGUUCCUACAUACAAACUGUGAAAUGGGAAAGGUGAAAUUUGUUAUGUGUUUUGUUUGUAAACUUAUUUGAAUAUGUCUGAGGAUAUAGCCAUAAAACUGCCCAUGUAGGAAUGAGAAGUUGAAUCUCUUAAAAUAAGCUAUACUAAUAAUUGAGAGGACCUUCUAUGUUAAUAUUAUUUUUAGGAUGACUGAAGUAAAUGUGUUAUGUAUAACAGUUCAAUUUACUGUAUGUGUGACCAUGGGUCAUGGCCUGUCAUGCAAGUUUGUUUCCGUGUGGUAACUACAUUGAUGCCAUUGAUGAUCAUUCCUAUACAAGAUCACGAAAUCAGUGAGGUGCAUACUUGCUGCAUGUCCGAGAAAAUUACUGAUCAGGUAGAAGAAAUGAAAGAAUGGAAUUUAUAAAUAUUUGUUUUCUUUACAUCUUUGCAGCAGUUAUUUCAAAGUAACAAUAACUGUAGACCUGUAUAUUUAGAAAAUAAAACAAAUAUUGCAAAAACUUGUA